AUGGCCAACAACAGGGCCGCGAAGUCUGGAUUUGCUGCUGAGGCGCAAAGAAAGAUUAACAGCAAAUACAGCGAGGAGUUGGCUGAGGAGUGCCUGGAAUGGAUCCGACAGAUCAUCGGCGAGCCUGACAAUACUUCAGGUGAUAUGGACAACUUCUACGAAGUACUUAAAGACGGCACCAUUCUAUGCAAACUGGCAAAUAACCUUCAACCGGGGACCGUAAAGAAAGUCAACGAGUCCAAGAUGGCAUUCAAGUGCAUGGAGAACAUCAACGCCUUCCUGGAGGCAGCCAAGCAAUUCGGAGUCCCCGCUCAAGAAACAUUCCAAACAGUUGACCUAUGGGAGAGACAAAACCUCAACUCUGUGGUCAUUUGUCUCCAAUCACUCGGAAGAAAGGCUGGCAACUACGGUAAGCCUUCAAUAGGGCCAAAAGAAGCGGAAAAGAACGUACGGAACUUCACCGAGGAACAGCUAAGAGCUGGUCAGGGUGUGAUUUCCUUGCAGUAUGGAUCCAACAAGGGUGCCACCCAAAGCGGUAUCAACUUUGGCAACACAAGGCAUAUGUAA